AUGCGUCGACCCCUGCCACCAGGGGGAGCAAUAUCAAAUGCCCCAAGCCGCGGGGGCGGGGCUGUGAACGUGGCCCACUCGGGGGCCGCCCAGAUAGAGCCUUGGCCAACUUUUCUUCCUCAACUUCAGACCCAAGCAGCGGCGCCGGCCCGACGGCAGGACGCGGGGGAAGGGACCGGGCCAGGGCUUCCCCGAGUCCGGCGGCAACCAACGCAGGGAACAGGCGGACUAGGUUAUGGGGGUUUUUUUAAGGUCUCACCCCUGGCUGAGCCCCGGAGGCAUUCGCCCCUGCCGCCCAUCCUCUCGGCCCGCAGGGGAUCUUCCCCCUCGACCUUUCUCCCCGAGGGCGCCCCAGAAAGGACUAGGGAGGAGGGGACGCGGCCGCCGCGAGACGAGCCCCCUCUCCGCAGCGCAGGGAGGAGGGGCGCGACCGCUCCUAGACGGGCCGGGGGGGUGGGGUGGGGGGAGAAUCGGUCCAGCCGGGUCCGAGACGCCCGGGGAGCCCAGCCGCCCCUCCCAGACGAAGAGGCGCCGCCGCCGCCGCCGCUGCCGGUCACGGGAAAAGAAGAAGCCCCGCCGAGGAGGAGCCGGCGCCGGGCACUCGCUCCAGCCCCUGAGAAGGAAGGCAGCUCCGCCUGCCGCUCGAGCGCCCCGCAGUGCCCGCCGCCGCCUCCCCAGCUGCACGCCAGUCAGUCCGUCCGGGCGCUGCGUGCGUGUGUGUGGCUGUGUGUGUGUGUCUGUGAGUGUGGAGUCGUGGCACUUUCUGCCUCUGAGCUGGCGAACGCCCCCUGCCCCCCCCCCCCGCCUCCGCCUCCGCCGCCGCCGUCGCCGCCGCCGCCGGGACCGCCGCCUCCUGCGCUCCGCCCCCUCCCCUCCGCCCAGCGCCAGCCAUUCAUCGGCCGGCCCGCGCCCAUUGGCCGCCGGCCCGCCACUCCGCCGGCCGCCGGCCACUCAGAGAGCCGGCAGCUGGAGCCGAACGGGCCGCAGGCCGCGACUAUUGGGCGGAGGGGAGGGUUUCCCCAGCGGCCAAUGGGAGCGGGAAGAGCCGCGAGAAGAGGAGAGGUGGGAGAGGCAAAAUGGGAGGGGAGCAAGCUACCCCGGGCAGCGGGGCUCCGGGUGCAAAGGCGCGGAGGGGCCGGGGGCGAGAGCCAAAGUGCCUCCGUGCGGUGUCUCCCCCCGUCACCCUCGCGCUCCAGCGCCGGAAACGCCGACCUGCUCCCAGCCUGCGGCCUGGGUCGCCUGAGCCGGAGCGCCGGCCGGGGGGCCUGCGGGGAGCUACCCUGUUCUCCUCGCUUCGCCCCCAGCCCACAUAGCCGCUGAUCUUCGGGGCCUCGGCAGCCCUGACGGGGAGCCGAGGUGGCAGCGGACCGGUGGGCGACGCCCCGCAGCUCCCCUCCUAGGCAGUGGCUUCCGAGCUUGUCUCCCCCUUGCACCAGACAUCACUAGCGUGGAAAGUGAGUUUGGUCAGCGAGAUAAAACUUCCCUGAAAAGCGGCAUCCUCCCUCGGCCUCCCCCGCCCCCCAAGGAAGACUGAGCGCUCACCCCGGGGUCACAGUUAAGGGCAGAGAGGACAAGCGAGCAAGCAGAGAUUCUGGUCACAGUUCCAAAGCCAAGAGGAACACUGGAACAGAAGACUUUCCUGGGAAAAAAAUUAUCACAUAUAUCAAGUGAGCAGUGACCACACCUUUCCCAAAAUAACAACACCUUGGAAAAACACCUUAGGACAGUGCCUCUCUGCCCUGAGGUGAGCAGAGAUCAAGUUUACCAUAAAAUUCAAAAUGAGGAAAUAAGCUGAGGAAAUAAGCAAACAAAGAAAAAAAGACUUGAUCUUAAAAGACCACUAUGGUGGUAGGGAAGACAAAGACAAACUUGUGAAAAAAUAAUGUAAAAACAACUAUAAGCAAAACCUCAAAGAAAAAUACUAAUUGGGCCUAAGGCCAGCAAGAAUUCCUGGAAGAAUAGAAGAAAGAGAUAAGAGUGGUAGAGAAAAGAUUAGAAAAAUAAAUGAGUGGUACAAGAAAAUUAUGAAAAGAGAAGACACAAAAAAUGCUAAAGAUAUCAUAUCUUAAAAAACAGAAUUGACCUAAUUGUAAAAGUGGCACAAAAAUUUACUGAACAAAAGAACUUAAAAAAGCAGAAUUGGCCAAAUGAAAAAAAAAGAGGCACAAAAACUCACUGAACAAAA